AUGGCCUCGUUCCAGAACAAGCAUUUAUGGCUCAAACGCAACAGGUUUAUAUCUCUGCCAUCUAGCGAUGUGGAUCUUGUGGUUUCUCUCCCUCCUGUGAGGAACUUGGAACCUAUCAAAGAAGCUGGUAUUUUAGAGGGACUCAAUGUCAUCAAAGAAACAUGCCUUCAGGGCCUUAAUUCCAACUUGCUUUGCCUUCUCCCAAAGAAGACUGAUGCGGUUCUUGUCUCUGACUUCCGACCUAUUGUGUUGGGAAAUUUCCUUUUCAAGGUCAUCACCAAGAUUCUUGCCUCUAGGUUGAACGAGGUAGCUGCUGUUAUUGUCUCGGCCAAUCAGUUUGGGUUUAUCUCUGGGCGUUCUAUACAGGAAUGUAUUCUGCUGGCCUCUGAAGGAGUGAAUUGCAUGGAGCGCUCAAUUCAAGGGAGGAACAUGGCUCUUAAGGUAGAUAUUCGGAAAGCUUUCGAUACCCUGAAUUGGGAUUUUGUGGAGGUUGUGCUGGAUUGCUUUGGUUUCCUUCAAACUUUCAGACACUGGAUUAGAGUUAUUUUUCAAUCUGCCAGAAUUUCGGUUCUCUUUAAUGGAGAGCAGCAUGGUUACUUUGGUUGCUCUCGAGGGGUUCGUCAGGGAGACCCUUUGUCUCCGGUUCUGUUUGCUUUGGCGGAGGAGGUCCUCAGUAGUAUGCUCUCGGACGCUGCUGAUAGGGGAUUCAUUGCCCGUAUGAGGAUGUCCCGCUCUUUGCUUUUUCCCUCUCAUCUCCUGUAUGCUGAUGAUGUCCUUCUUUUUUGUAAAGCUACUUGGCGCAGCUGCAGGAUGAUUGAAUCGAUUCUUCAUAUAUAUGCUUUGGUUUCUGGACAGUUCUGCAAUAAGGCCAAAUCCAAGGUUUUCUUUGGCAAAGGUGUUUCUGUUCAGCUGAGACGUCGACUACAGCGGGAUCUGGGUUUCUCAACUGGUUCCCUUCCUUUUAUCUAUUUGGGAGUCCCCAUUUUUGCUGGUCGUGCUUCUGCUGCCCGUCUUAUCAGCACUCGUGAUCGCAUCAUCGCCCAUUUUCCUAGAUGGCAGGGCAUGCAGUUAUCUAUGGCGGGCCGUCUUUGCCUCGUCACUUCAGUCAUUCAGAGCGCGGCUGUUCACAGUAUGCUGAUAUAUCGUUGGCCAACUAAGCUUCUUCAUGAUUUGGAUAGAGCUUGUCGGUCGUUUAUUUGGACUGGCUGCACUACUUCUAGGCCUAAGUCAUCUGUGGCUUGGAAUCGAGUUUGCGCCCCCAAGACUCAGGGUGGGCUUAAUGUGAAAUCCUUUACACACAUCAGCCAGAGUUUCAUGUUGAGGUUAGGCUGGUUGCUGAUUACUGCGGACUCGAUGGGUUUUCAGUUGUUUCGCCAACGCUAUCUGGAUGCGUGCCUAAGACCUCGGUCCCCUUGGUUCUCUUCUACGAUUUGGUUGGGCACCCGAGCUGCUAUCCAGACUCUCGUCAGCGACACUCAUUGUUCUAUUGGUUCUGGUUCUACUAUUCUUUUUUGGACUGAUAACUGGUUAGGGUAUCGUCUGGUUGAUAGAAUCGGCAUUCCGGAUACUUUUCAUCAUGCUCUUUUGCAGCCGAUCUCGGAUUACUACUUUGAUUAUACCUGGCACUUUACUUUGAAUUUUUUGCAGAUCUUUCCGGAUAUUGCCUUUGAUAUUGUCUCGGUUCCUAUUAGCGAGGGAGAGGAUCGAAGAGCUUGGACCCAUUCUCAUUUUGGUGAGGUCUCCGCGUCGCUUGCUUCGGAUCAUAUUCGUCCCUGCUUUCCGACCGUUGAUUGGGGUAAGUGGAUCUGGGCUCCGUUUAUCCCAAUGCGGCGUUCCAUUGUCACUUGGCGGGUGAUUCUGGGGCGUCUUGCGACUGCUAGCUCUCUUCGUCGUUCGGGGCUGGUUGGUCCGGGCUGGUGCCCUCUCUGCCGGAAUGCGAAUGAGGAUAUUGAUCAUCUUUUUUGGGACUGUACUUUUGCUCGACAAAUUUGGCGCUCCCUUUUCGGCUGGUUCAGGGUGGAUAGUCCGUUGAUUCACGACAUUGGGAGUCUGCUUCUCUGGGCAAUGAAGGUGCAGACUAGCAAGCAGGUUGUAAAUCUUUGGCGAAUGGGUGUUAUGUCCACGAUUUGGAGCAUCUGGAAUAUUCGUAACAGAGUUGUAUUUGAUGCGGCUUCGGUCUCUGAGAGGGCACUUUCGAUCCAGAUCAAAUCUUUUAUUUUGGAAACUUCCCAAUUAUGUACUGGUGAGAUGGCUAACUCUGUUGAGGACUUACUGAUUCUUCAUGGUCUUGGGGUGCCAAGCAGACCUCGUCGCCCGACCUCUUUUGUUUAUGUUUUCUGGAUUCCGCCUCCGACUCCUUGGCGCAAAAUCAAUAUUGAUGGCUCGGUUCAUGGAUCCCCUCCUCUGAUUCACGCUGGUGGAGUUAUCAGAGAUUCUUCUAGCGUUCUGGGUUGUUUUCAUUUCUCUGCUGGACGUGGUUGGGCUUUUGAGGCAGAGCUGCUUGCCCUCAUCAUUGCUUUGGAGCAAUCUGUCAAUCAUGGUUGGAGACACGUUUGGAUCGAGACUGACUGCGCUUAUUUGGUGGAUCUUUUCAGUUCUCGGUCAGACACGGUUCCUUGGAGGUUCUUCAGCCGGUGGCGUAAGGUUCUCUCUUCCCUUGCUGGUUUUCAUUUUAUUAUCACUCACAUCUACAGGGAAGGGAACCGGGUUGCGGACUGUUUGGCUUCUUCUGUAGCGGAGGAAGGCUAUUGGAAUUUUACGAUCCCGGAUAUCCUACAGUUGGUGAAGGAUGACAGGCGGCAACUUCCUUACAUUCGGUUUGCUGCUGGUCUUUGCUCCUCUGAUGGAUCCCUCAUUAUGAGCAUGGGAAAUCACGCGGGAAAACUUGGGUUACCACCAAUGGUUUCAUCCCGUGAUCUUGACCUUGAAAAGCACGUUUUGAGCAUAUGCUUAAUAAGUUUGAGAAUUGAUUAUAAAAGUAAUUGCUUUAGGAGAUUCACUGCUAGCGGAGAACUGGGUCUGAUCGUCUUGUUUGGUCUUCUCGCUGUGAUGUCCCUUGUUUUUGUUCUUCCCUUCAUCUGUGAUGGUUGGAUCUUUUGCUCCUGGGUUUGGUUGGUGCUUGUUUUGAGGUUGUGCCCCUCUGGAGUUCAACCUGUUCUGAAAUCUGCGCUUUUUCCCGUUUGCACUGAUGCGGCGUCUCCAGUGGUUCCGGAGGUGACCAGUGCAGGGAAGAUUCAUGAUGCGUUCGGUGGGCAUCCUGUGCUGCACGCUCGGCUUGGUCCGGCCACUGCAGAUUUCUCUGGAUGGCCAGUGCAGCCCCCUCGGGUUUUGUUGUUGGCUCUUUUGUGCUUGAGCUGUCGUGUUGCGCCUUACAUUGGUCCCUUGCUGUACUGCUUUUAG